UCUGUCAGACUUUAAUAAUCCCGGGAGACACAACGAGACAGCAGUACUGGUUAGAAGUGACAUACUGAGAUCAAAGGAAGCAGAGUUGACUCCUGAGCCUUUCCAAACACCAGACAGCACUUUCAAAAACACUGAGAAAGUGCCCAGUGCCUGCCCUGUGCCUGUAAUCCUGAGGGUCAUGUCCUCCAGCAAUGAGGUGGACUCCAUGAGCCCGGUGAGGAGGGCACUGCAGCCUGAGCCAGUCCUGGCGGAGGAGUCCAGCCGCUGGGUUUAUUACCACAAGCCCAUUAUCAUCAUGGUGAUCGGGGGGCUGCUGUUCGCUGCCGGCACAGUGAUAGCCUUCCUCUACUUCUCGCGGGUGGGAAGGGUGCCGUACGCAUUGGGCCCCGUGUGCCUGUCCAUCGGACUUAUGUUCCUGGUCACCGGGCUGGUCUGGGUGCCCGUCAUCAAACAAAAAGUCCGCAAGGGACUCAUUAGGGACAUGUAUUCCAGGAGAUUGCCCAUUUAGUCAUGAUACGGAAGACAUUGAUAGAGACUUCUAGUAGAAACCUUUGUCAUUGGAUUUGUGUGUUUCUAAAAUUAGGCAUAUAAUUCAUAUGGACCUGGUAUU